AUGAGCUCCAGGAAAGCGACCUCCUCCCUCUUCGGCCUGGCAGCCCGAUCAGCGCAGCCCGCCAGGACCGCGUCUGCUCCGCGCCCGCUGCAGCCGACACAGUCGACGUCGACGCGCACCCUCUCCUCCUCUGCACGCCCGUACCGCCCCCACCCCUCGCCGGUAGCGACGGCAGCCUUUUCUUCGGCCGCAUCCUCGUCCUCUUCAUCGUCUGCAUCGUCGACGCCGCCACCACCAUCAUCCACAUCCGCCGCAUCUGCGUCCGAUCUCGGCCGCGUGCCAGCGCAGCCGCUCGGCGCCAACCUCUCGUCCCAGGACAUCCUCGCCCACUUUUCCCGACCCCCCUUCCCCUCGACAAAUCUCCUCGGAAACGACGCCGAGCUCGCCAAGCGCGCCAUGACCCACGAGAGCUUCAUGUACGCAAAGGACGGCCACAACAGGCGGCUCGCCUUCCUCGGGCGGAGAUCGUUGAAGAUGUUUGUCGUCCUCUUCCUCCACUCGUGCCUCAACACCGCCUCGCUCUCUGCAUCCUCGCGCUCCUACAUCCAGCGGCUGCUCGAGUCGCCCGACCUCGAAGACGUCGUCCACACUUCGAGACUAGGCGACAAGAUCGGGCGCGAGCUGCAGCUCGAAAAGGCCAUGCGCUGGACGCCCGCCGUGACCGACGGGCAGCGCGGCCCGCUCGAGACAGGCCUCUUCAAGAUCCGCGGCGUCUGCCUCGAGGCCCUCGUCGGCGCCGUCUACCACCACUCGGGCGCCGACAAGGCCAGCCGUUUUUUCCACGCCCGCAUCCUGCCCUCGUUACUCUCCGAGACGUUCCCCCAGGGCCUGCCCGACGAGAUCAAGGAGCUCGCGGCGCGGCGGCAGGAGGAGGCCGACAAGGCCCUCGCCUAA